AUGUCUAGCACCUAUCUGAUUAAUAAUCCGACGGGACCAGAUGCCAAGCCCGGCCCUUCCCCAUACCCACCUGCAUCUACCGCCUGUCCCGCAAUCCCAUCCAAUUCCAAGCAAUCUCUCCAGAAAGCAGAAAGCUACCAUUAUCCUUCGGCUGACCUCAUUGCUCUCGCUGCUGCCUACACAAACAAUGUCCCGGGCCUUGCUGCUGGGGCUACCUCACCCGUCAUGAUCCCACCCGAGUCCAUGGAGUCUCCCAUGGCCUCUUCUGCUGGUCCGACUUUGCCCCACGACGACAGCGCGAUUCCGGAAGAUUUCGACAUCCAAAGUCGGGCCAGCUCGCGAGAUGCAGGGAGCGUCCAGACGGCAGGAGACCCAGCUGCCGCACAGGAUGGAGCCCAUGCUACCCAGCGCGACGAUGCCCAUAAUUCCAACGACAACGGCACCAACGGGAAGCCUCCGUGGAGCGAAAUGAAAACCAAGGCUGGAAAGGAGCGGAAACGUCUACCCUUGGCAUGCAUCGCGUGUCGGAGGAAAAAGAUCAGAUGUUCGGGGGAGAAGCCCGCGUGCAAGCAUUGCUCGCGCUCUCGAAUUCCAUGUGUCUACAAGGUUACGACGAGGAAGGCGGCUCCUCGGACGGAUUACAUGGCGAUGCUGGAUAAGCGGCUAAAGCGUAUGGAGGAUAGAGUCAUCAAGACCAUUCCGAAAGACGAGACGCGAGAUAUGGCCGCAAUCGGUAGGUCAGUCGUCCGACCGCCUCAACCGGGUCAGGCAUCCAAGACACAAAAGAAGCGAUCGGCGGACGAAGCUUUUACAGCGGAGAUGGAAGAAUGGGCGCACGAGGAUCGGAGGGGACCACAAGACACGUUUCCCAUGCGGCGCGAGGGCAAGAGCAAUGAUGCAACGGCUCUUUUGACUGAAGGUGCCGAGCUUCUACCGUCGCUGGAGAUACAGGAACAUCUGGCUGAGGUCUUCUUCGAUUGUGUAUACGGGCAGUCAUACCUCCUGCUCCAUAAGCCAAGCUUCAUGCGGCGGCUGAAAGCGAGGACAGUCCCGCCCGUACUGAUCCUGGCCGUCUGUGCUGUUUCGGCUCGAUUUUCCACACACCCGCAGCUUAGCUCAGAUCCGCCUUUCCUCCGCGGAGAGAACUGGGCAAAUCCCGCCGCUGCCAUCGCGUUGAGCCGACAUGAUGAACCGAGUAUAACCAUUUUGAUUGUUUUUUUACUAUUGGGCCUUCACGAGUUCGGAACCUGCCAUGGUGGGCGGAGCUGGUCUUUUGGUGGUCAGGCCCUCCGCAUGGCCUACGCUUUACAGCUUCACAGGGAGCUAGACUAUGAUCCUCUACUGAAUCAAGGCGCAGGUAAUGGUGCACAGCUGAGCUUCACGGAUCGGGAGAUCAGGAGACGUACGAUGUGGGCAUGUUUCUUGAUGGAUCGCUACAACUCGUCUGGGAGUCAGCGUCCACCUAUAGGAAACGAGAAGUUUCUGCAGAUCCAGCUUCCUAUCAAGGAGUCUUCAUUUCAAUUGGAGAUACCGGGCCCAACGGAGGACCUCGAAGGAAACAUUCCGAACCCCGUUCCGGAUGAUGUCGGUCAAUUGUCUAAUGCCAAGGAUAACAUGGGCGUGUCGGCCUACAUCAUUCGAGCUGUGGUGAUAUGGGGCCGCAUAGUCGAUUACCUUAAUCUUGGUGGGAAGAGAAAGGACCCGCAUCCUCUAUGGUCGCCCGAAUCGGGUUAUAUGAAAUUGAAACGACAAAUCGAAGACUUCUCUGCCACCCUGCCCAGUCAUUUGGCGUUCACGUUUGAAAAUUUACAGGUUCACGCUGCAGACAAGAUCGCCAACCAGUUUCUCUAUCUCCAUAUCAUCAUUCAUCAGAACAUGUUAUUCUUGAAUCAAUUCGCCAUUCCGCUUUCACCAGGAGGGCGGCCUCCCAAGGAUAUGCCCAAAUCGUUCCUCAGUAACGCAGGGCGGGCCGCUGUCGAGGCAGCACAUCACAUCUCUGUACUAAUAGACCGCGCGUCGGCCUAUCCUCUGACGGUGCCGUUUGCGGGAUAUUGUGCUUACUCGGCGAGUACGGUACACAUUUGGGGCAUUUUCUCCAAGAACGCACAAUUGGAAGCUCGGUCGAAAGAAAACUUACGGCACACCUAUCGGUACCUCAAUAAAAUGAAGAAGUAUUGGGGCAUGUUUCAUUACAUGGUUGAGAGUGCCAAAGAUCGUUAUCGGCAGUUCGCAGAUGCGGCCAUCAAGGGGACCGUCGUCACCCAGAACGGCAGUCAGCUCACCCCCAUGUUCCAGUACGGCGACUGGUUCGAUAAAUAUCCUCACGGCGUUUCAAGACUUCACUGGGAUGAUCCUGACGCCAGGCAAAAAGACCGUGCCGAUGACGGGGUGAUGGGCCAAAAGCCCGAGCUCCAAAGCGUGGAAGACUUCUUCGCAAGCCUAUCUCCGUCCGUGCCACAGCACAGCACCCCCCGUCGCCCACAUCCAAGAAGAGACAGCAAGAGUAUUGCUCCUCCGGACCACGUGGCCCCUCCGCAACCGGUGGUCGACGUGAACAUCAACAAUGCUCCUGGGAUGUUAGGAACAUCUGGCACGGGAUUCCCGCAUCCGACAAUGUACAAUCAGCAAGGCCGAACAACAUCCUUAGCGCCAACCGGAUUCGACUUUGGUAUUCCCCAAGAUCAACUCCCCCAGUUGGAUCGGCAGUUUGUCUAUGGAUCCUUUGCUGGGUUUGACCCUUCCCCUGCCGCGUUUGCGACUGUUGAUACGCCGGGAAUUUCCACUCCUGGUGAGGCAGACCCCCAUACAAACCAGGACGCAUCUGCUGCGCUCUUCACCGGUCACAUGGACCCCAACGCCCCGUCGGGCACCGGAGAGUACUAUCAACCGAGCGCCUGGUUUUUACCUUUCAAUCUCGACCCUGUCGGUGCAGGUGUUGGCCUUGAUCCAAACCCUCCGGCUCCCUGUUCCAAUAGCGAAAAUGCCACUGCAGACUUGUCCGCGUUUGGCGGUACUGGCAUACCUCUGGGAGGGUAUGAUCUGGGAGUGGCAGGAAUGAAUCAAGGGUCCCAUCAGUGA